AAACGUAAAUAAAACUUUGACCAUUUACUGUACUUCCGCUUCAACCGUUAUAAUAACUACGACAAAAUAACAUUCUGCAUUUAGUUGCAAGCUACACAGUCAGCUGUCUACAAAUUAUUCAAUAAUAUUAUUACAUCAAUCAAAAUUCUGAAAAGAAUUUAUCUCUUUUUUAUAAAUACCGAAUUAUUUUAAUUUGUUAAAAUGUGGCGACUGUUGCCAUGGCUUGCCUUUAUUCUAACAUUAUCAAAUGCGUCGUUAUUAAGAAUUCCUAUGCAUAAAAUUCCAAGCGUCAGAACAACUUUAAAAGAAGUGGGAACAGAGGUUCAUCAAGUACGUUUAAGAUAUACCAGCAGCUUUUAUGAUGGAAGUCCAGAGCCACUGUCCAACUACAUGGACGCUCAAUACUAUGGAGAAAUCACGAUCGGCAAGCCACCACAAAAAUUCAACGUUGUUUUUGAUACUGGAUCAUCAAAUCUAUGGAUUCCAUCAAAGAAAUGUCAUUACACCAACAUAGCUUGUUUGUUACACAAUAAAUACGAUAGCAAGAAAUCACAAACUUACAAACAAAAUGGUACUGAAUUCGCUAUCAGAUAUGGAUCAGGUAGUCUCUCUGGAUUCUUAUCAACAGACGUUGUCACUUUGGCUGGAAUAGAUAUUAAAGAUCAAACAUUUGCUGAAGCUAUGAGUGAACCGGGACUAGCUUUUGUCGCUGCUAAAUUCGAUGGUAUUUUAGGUAUGGCUUAUGAACGAAUAGCUGUCGAUGGUGUUAAGCCUCCUUUCAAUAACAUGUAUAAUCAAGGAUUAAUUUCUAAGAAGAUUUUCAGUUUCUACUUGAAUAGAGAUCCACAGGCAAACGUUGGAGGUGAGAUGAUUCUUGGUGGAUCUGACCCUGAUCACUAUGAGGGUGACUUUACAUAUGUACCAGUUGAUCGUCAAGCUUAUUGGCAAUUUAAAAUGGACAAAAUACAAAUUGGAGACCAAGUUGUUUGUGAAAACGGUUGUCAAGCUAUUGCAGACACUGGUACCUCUUUGAUUGCUGGUCCAGUAAAGGAAAUUGAAGCAAUUAACAAAGCGCUCGGUAGUUUACCUCUUCCUGGUGGUGAAGCUGUGAUUAAUUGCAGUUUGAUUCCCUCAUUACCUAAAAUUGAUUUCGUUUUUGGCGGUCGGAAAUUCUCUUUGUCUGGUGAAGAUUACACACUCAAGGUAAGUCAAUUUGGUAAAACAAUCUGCAUCAGUGGAUUCAUGGGUAUUGAUAUUCCACCACCAAAUGGACCCUUGUGGAUUCUUGGAGAUGUUUUCAUCGGUCGAUUUUACACUGAAUUUGAUAUGGAGAAUAACCGUGUCGGGUUUGCUAUUGCUAAAUGAAACAUCAAAUUUCAUGUUUUAAUAUCACAUUAGAAAUCGAGAGUAAUGUAUAAAAUUGUUUUUAUUUUAAUUAUCAAUUUAAUUUUACCUGCCGAACCGAAUUGAAAUAGUUUAUUUUUGUUUACUUUUACUCUCAUUAUUUUCAUUGUUUAUUAUUUAUAAUAAUAAUAAUAAUAAUAAUAAUAAUAAUAAUAAUAUAAAGCGAUAGAUAUACUCUCAGUAAUACAUUUCUAAUAAACAUUAA